UUCCGGGCCGAACCGGGCUUGGGGGGGGGGGGUGUCGGGGAGAGGGCAGGAGGCGGGGGGCGCAGGGCCUGGACCCGGACGGUCGCUGGAGGCCGGCGGUGACUGCAAUGGGGUGAAGGGAAGCGGGGCCGGGGCGGCCUUGGGCUGCUUAGGGCGGUGGGUGGGGUCGAGAGGCUUGGUGGGUCCAGGCCGGGGAUCUGACCCGGGGGUGCUGUGUGUCCAUCUGUCCAUCCACCCCCCCACCACCACCCCUCACCUCGAACCCGCAGCGCCGCCCGUUCUGUGCCCGCCAUGAGGCCGCAGCAGGCGCCGGUGUCCGGGAAGGUGUUCAUCCAGCGAGACUACAGCAGCGGCACGCGCUGCCAGUUCCAGACCAAGUUCCCGGCGGAGCUGGAGAACCGGAUUGAUAGACAGCAGUUUGAAGAAACAGUUCGAACUCUAAAUAACCUUUAUGCAGAAGCAGAGAAGCUUGGUGGCCAGUCGUAUCUUGAAGGCUGCUUGGCUUGUUUAACAGCAUAUACCAUCUUCUUGUGUAUGGAAACUCAUUACGAGAAGGUUCUAAAGAAAGUCUCCAAAUAUAUUCAAGAGCAGAACGAGAAGAUAUAUGCUCCCCAAGGCCUCCUCCUGACAGAUCCCAUAGAGAGAGGACUUCGAGUUGAGAGGAAUUGCGGGGUCAUAGGGUAGGUCCACUUCUAGCCUUGUGAGGGUUCUCCAGACUGCCCUCCACAGGGGCUGGACCAAUUGACAUUUCCUCCAGCAGUGUGGGAGGGCUCCUUUGCCCCCACAACCUCUUGCUUUCCUUUCUGAUGUGUGACAUUCUCAAAGGGGUGAAGUGGUAUCUCAUUGUUGUCUUUAUUUGCAUUUCUCUUGACUAUCAAUGACUUGGAAGAUUAUAUAUAUAUAAUAUAUUGUGUUGGCCUUUUGGAUCUCUUCUUUGGUGAUUAUUCUGUUCAUAUCAUCUUCCCAUUUUUUGGAUGGGGUCACUUUUGUUGUUGCUGAGUUUGGUGAGCUCUAUAUAUUUUGGUUAUUAGUCUGAUGUAUGGCAUGUAAAGAUUUCCUCCCAUCUAUAGGGGGUCUCUUUGUUUGAAUGGUGGUUUCUUUUGCUGUGCAGAAGCCUUUUAAUUUGAUUUGAUGUAGUCCAAUUGGUUUAUUUUUGUUUUUGUCUUCCUUGCAAUCAGAUUUGUAUGGUUGAAGAUGCCUGUAAAAUUUAGAUGGAAAAGAGUGCUGCCAAUAUUUUCCUCAAAGUAUUUGAUAGUUUCUGGUGUAAUAUCCAAGUCUUUGAUCCAUUUGGAAUUUACUUUUGUAUCUGGUGAAAUGAAAGUUUUUUUUUUUAAUGGCUUUAUAGUUAGAUAGACUGAUGGUGGGGGUUUUGCUUUGGUUUUGUUUUUUUAAUAUUUUAUUUAUUUUCUAAUGAGAGAAACAGGAGGAGGGGAUGAUCAAAGCAUCACUCUGGCACAUGUGCUGCUGGGAUUAAAGUUGGAGACUUCAUGCUUGAGAGUCCCUAUGCUGUGUUCACUGUGUACCACACCCUGGAUUGCAGCUGAUAGUGUUUAUCUCUUUGAGUUAAAGUAUCUUAUUUUUUUUUUAAUGGAAUAUAUCAUCACAGCAAAUUGAUGAUAAUAAAAACAGCCAAGCAUUUGUUGGCACUGUGUGCUGACACUGUUUUAAAUAAAUGCUUCAUUUAAUCAUUGUAAUAACCGUAUAAAUGUAGAUACUCUUAGUCUCACUUUUCAGAAGCGGAAAUUCAGGCACAAAGAGAGAGCCUCAGUUACUUGUCCAGGGAUGAAAAAAAAGUAAGCAGUAACUGAUGAAGCCUUGCUCCAGAUUCACCAAUGAACUCUGUGCUUUACUAUGUCUCAUGAAAUGAUUGAUUAGAGAAGGAAAUAUAUGGGGCUGAGACUUCUAGACCGUUGAGCUAUGUGUUCAUUGAAACAAGUAGUACAGGUUCAAGUAUUUCAUUGAACUGAACCCCAAAUUAAGAAAAUGUAGCCCUUAUAUUAUGGGUUCAUAUCAAUUGGUGAAAUAGAAAUGUUUUAGAGGUGAUUUUUACCACUCUCUUCUAAUCCCUCUCCCUUCCCUUCUGUUACAGAUGCUGCCUCCAGCUGGGGCCCUCAUCUAUCCACUGGCCAAUUGCAGGGUGUCCCCUACCUCCUCUCCAGAGCAUCAUUCCUUUGUAUCUGCUGCCAGAGCCAUGGUGCCAUUUACUCCAAGGACUAACUUUCUAAAAUUCCACACCCAGGGUGACGUGGUCACUCAGCAUCCACUUUGUGUCUCCAAAUUGUGUAGGACUCUCUAAUAUUUUGAUUAGUUUCUGAGAAAACACAAUGAAGCAUUUCACUUUUUCUAUUCAAGAUCACUGAUAAAAUAUGCAGCUGGUCAGCCCAACACAAAACUUUAUUUCCUAUCUGCUAUUAGUACCAAGGACUCCUCAUUCCUUGGGCCAGCUUCCAUCCUCUAAACUUCCGCAAGUCAGAUCUUAAACCAGUAUUCAGUCAUACGCUUCAAAACUAACAAAAUAUUCCUCUCCAAGAUUUGUGUGACAAGUAGCUGUGUCUGGUUGUGUUAGUGCAUCUCCCAGAUUUCAGAUGAGAUCAGGUGUGUUCAGGAUGGUACGGCCGUAGAUUUCUCCCAGAUUUCAAACAUUACUGUUAAUAAUUUUGCCAUGACUUAAAUUUUACAGAUCUGUUUCUGUUAAGUUUCUCCAACUGAAAUUCAUUGGAAAAAAAAAAAUAAGUGUAUCAUGUUAUUUUGUUUUAUUAUAGCAGUUUUCCUAAUUAAAAGUAUUUAAUGCAAUUCCAGUUAUUUUUCUUCUGAGAAUUUUGCUGUUGCAUUACCUUGAAUGUUGGGAAGAUGUGCUAUGCUUUGCUUGUUCAUUACAAAAAUAAGUAAGCACAAUAAAGUGGAUGGUAAACCAUCAAACUCCUAAAUGUCCCUCCUGUGUCCCUGAAUGUGUAAUAAGCAAGUAUAAUAAAUAUUUUAAUUAUAGUUUUGUUAUAAAUAUAACUUAUGAGAAAAAAAUUUGAUAGGAAUAAUACUAUAUACUGCUCAUUUUUAACUGUCCUCCCAGGCAAACCUUUUGAUUUUUAGACUUUCUUCCUAUACAGUAUUCAAUGCACAGAAAUCUUACCAAGUAUAAGUAAUUUCCAACUAAAACUGUCAAGUCUGAGUCAAUAUUUAUAGUUCUUUUGCCUAUGUGUUCUUAGUUUAGGGCUUCUUAUGCCCUGCGUUCAUCAUUGGGGUUUGAGAGCACUGUAUUUGGGAGAAAAGUUAAGAGAAAUGUAUUAGGAAAGAAUGAAGCAGUUAAAGGUUUUACUUUCAGAGAUACUGUAGGUGCUAAUAUUGGAUUCAGUCUUACAAGUAUAAUUUCCACUAGCAGUCUAUUAUUCAUAAGUCCCAUAUGUUUGUGUAAUAUUUUAAUUGUAUAAACUUCGUUGUUACUUUAUGGCCUGUAUUAGUCUGUCUGUCUGCCUUUUAAACCCGUUGAAAUAACUUUGCUGAAAUAUUAACACAGUAAAUUUUUUCUUAAACA